AUGGAGAACGGGACGUCCAAUAGCUGGCUGGCACAUGUUGCGCUUUUCAUUCCAGCUGUGCCUCAACCACAUCCAUGCAAGUUUCAACCCUUGAAGAAUGCAGCCUUCGGCUCCUGGUUGAAAAGCAGUGGCUGCGCUUCGAUUACGCUGACAAGAGGUUUGCAUCCUCAGGGUAGCCAACUGUCAAUCCAUCUCAAAGGUCAACUCCUGGUUGCUUUCGAGGUCAAAGGUGCGGAGAAAGAGGUCGCUCGAUUCUGCUUGUACAUGGCGACGGCACGGUACGCUCGCGUGCGCUUCCAGUGGUUUGAGAAAGCUUUUGUGAAGCAGCUUUUCGUCUCCAGUGCCAGCGGUCUCAAGAGUGUGUUUAGUGCGUACUUCGUUUGUCAGAAAGACUGUGCUUUACUUUCAGACUGCCGAAAGCGCAGCCGACUUCUGGAGGACUUUGAAGGAGACCUUCUGCAACGACCAUUCGCGGCACGAGCGGAUGGCAAUUCUCACGAAGCCGGGAUCUCGUCCCAGUCGGCAGUCAACAGCAACUCUGGAUCGCCGCAGAAGUUGGCGCAGGUAUAG